UCCAAGCCAUAAUGAGAUUUCCUCUCUCCGGAAUCAUAUGCCCGGGUAUUAUUCCUGCAAGCAAUAGAGGCUAGCUCUGCUCUGAUGUUGCUUCUGGAUCCCUGUUGACGACCCUCAGCGAUGCCUAUUCUCUCUGGAGGAAGUGACCUUGACAACAGCUACAAUUCCUGCAGUUCCUUGACCCACCUUUUCCCCAUCUCCGCGGUUGAGGCGCCCCCAGCCAAAGGGGUCCAUUACCAAAGGGCUCGGAGGAUUUACCACCCCGAUCAGGUCCAGGCGGUCGACCAGAAGAAGGAGGUGGUCAUCAACGUUGGUGGCAUCAAGUACCUGCUUCCGUGGAGCACCCUGGAUGAGUUUCCGUCAUCCCGACUGAGCAAGUUAAAGUUCUGCAGCAGCUACGAAGAGAUCACCCAGUUGUGUGACGACUAUGAUGAAGACACCCAAGAGUUCUUCUUCGACCGGAACCCCAGAGCUUUUGGGAUGAUCGUCAGCUUCCUUGCCGCGGGGAAACUGAUGCUCUUUCGAGACACGUGUGCCUUGUCCUUCCUGGAGGAGCUGAGAUACUGGGGGAUCGAGGAAUCCAACCUGGAGAACUGCUGCUUCCGGAAGCUCUUCCAAAAGAUCGAGGAGUUUGCAGACGUGUGCAAAGAGGAGGAGAUGCACAUGGCCACAGAUGUGACCUGCGUCUUGGAGGAGGAAACCAGAUUCGGACAGUUUAUGAGCAAGCUCAGGGAUAUGGUGGACAACCCCCAGUCAGGCCUUCCGGGGAAGGUCUUUGCCUGUCUGUCCAUCCUCUUCGUGGCGACCACGGCAAUCAGCCUUUGCGUCAGCACAAUGCCAGACCUGCGAGCUGAGGAAGACAGGGGCGAGUGUUCCCAGAAGUGCUAUUACAUAUUCAUCAUCGAGACCGUCUGCGUGGCUUGGUUCUCGCUCGAGUUCUGCCUCCGAUUCAUCCAGGCAAAGAGCAAGUGUCAGUUUUUCAAAGGCCCCCUGAACAUUAUUGACUUCUUGGCCAUCUUCCCUUAUUAUGCUUCCUUGGUCAUUCUGGACGACGAACCCGCAGAAGACGGCAACGACAAGCCGAGCGGAAACUCGUACAUAGAGAAGGUGGGUUUGGUGCUACGGGUCUUACGUGCCUUGAGGAUACUGUACGUUAUGCGCCUUGCGAGGCAUUCCUUGGGCUUGCAGACGCUGGGCCUCACAGUUCGGCGAUGCACGCGGGAAUUCGGCCUGCUCUUGCUGUUCUUGUGUGUGGCCGUCACUCUUUUUUCCCCCCUGGUCUACCUUGCGGAAAACGAAUCCGGGAAAGUCUUGGAAUUUACAAGCAUCCCUGCCUCCUAUUGGUGGGCUAUCAUCUCCAUGACAACCGUGGGGUACGGGGACAUGGUACCCAGGAGCGUUCCAGGCCAAAUGGUAGCUCUCAGUAGCAUCCUCAGUGGGAUUCUAAUUAUGGCUUUCCCAGCCACCUCGAUAUUCCACACCUUCUCUCACUCUUACUCAGAGCUGCGACGGGAGCACGAGCGGCUGCAGUCCCGGAUAUCGAGGAUGAAAAAUGCCAACCAGUCCGUCGAAAGCGACACCCUCAACGAGAGCGAAAGCUUCAUUUUGGAAACAACCCUGUCUCCUAUCAAGCACAUUUCUUAAAGAUAACAAUAGCCUUGUCACACGAUACGCUUACUUAAAAUUACAAAGUCUGCCUACUGCAAUGCACCAAGCAAAAAGACCCUCCGAGGCCUGCGUUCCAACCAUUUGCAAUGCAAUUGCUUCCGCUGCGAAAAAAAAAUGUGACGUCGGUCUGGGAGAACCCACCGCUUGGUCCGUAUUGCUCAGAAGACACAGAUGUUUGGACGACUUUGGCGGGAGGGUUCUGGAUACAAAGCGGGAGGGGAUCUAGCGAACUCUGCUGUCGGACAGAUUCUUGGUGGAAGUCUGGCACACUGGGGCCAGCCAAGCGGUGGACUUAGGGACAGAGGUGGCUCAGGUUCUCUUUCCUUUAAUCAGGUGUAGGGAUGAGACAAUGACACAGAAUUGUGAAGGCUACAAGAUUGCCUUCAAACAGGAAAUGAGGUCACGAGAGUUUGUAUGGGAAAGCACAAAUGCAUAGGUAUGUGUCGUCAAGUUGUGACUGACUUUUGGCUACCCCAGCGUAGGGGUUUUCAAGGCAGGUGAGAAGGAGAGGGGGUUUAUCAUUGCCUUCCUCUGCAGAGCCUUCCUUGGUGGUCUCCCAUCCGAGUACUGACCCUGCUUAGCUUCGGAGAGCCAACAAGAGUGGGCUAUACCAUGCUGCCUUCCCCUCCAUAGCACAACUAUGCAUAGUUAAAGGGAACAUGAUUUCAUGUUAAUGGGGAGGGGGAAAAUUUAUAAUAAGGAUAAGUUACAGCCCGGUGAUCACCAAGCGUCUCAGGUUCCACUCCCCACGACUCUAGGUAGAACGUCUCAUGUAGCAGCUGACUGGAAUGAAAGAUCCCUGGAGAGUUGCUGCCGGUCAGAGCAAGCAAUACUGAAUCUGGUGGGUUUUCCGGGCUGUGUGGCCAUGGUCUGGUGGACCUUGUUCCUAACCCACCAGAACCAGUUGAAUCCGGUGGUGAAAGCCUUUGACAAUACAAGCAAUACUGAGUUAGUCUGACCAGUGAUCUGAUGCUACAAAUGGCAGCUUCAUAUGCUCCAAAGGAAGUUAAUGGUUUUAACAGGGGAGGAGCCAUGCUUCAAUUGUAGAAGAUCACAGAUAGUAAAUACUGGGAAAGAUGGCCAGCGUGGUGUAGUGGUAAAGAGCAGGUGGAUUCUAAUCUGGAGGACCGGGUUUGAUUCCCCACUCCUCCACCUGAGUG